AUGGAGACGAGCACUGGCGACCAGCUGCACAAGCGGCACCAGCAGAGGCACGGAAAAUCUGAGAAAAAGAAGAAGAACAAGCUAAAAAAGAAAGAUGGGACGGCGGAGAAGCAGCACAACCCGCGAGCGUUCACCUUCAGUGGAGGUGUCGUCUCAGUGCAGCGGAAGGUUCAGCGGUCACUGGAUAAACUGGCGCUGAAGGAGAGGGAGGAGAAAACAGACAAAACGCCAGAUAUCCCUCCCCCGUACGUCGUUGUGGUUCAAGGUCCCCCCGGGGUCGGGAAGACGACUCUGAUUCGGUCGCUGGUGAAGCACUACACGCGCCACUCCCUGCAAGUGGUCCAAGGCCCCGUCACACUCGUCGCUUCCAAGCAGCGACGUCUCACCUUCGUGGAGUGCAGCGGGACGGACAUGCAGCAAAUGCUUGAUCUGGCCAAGAUCGCCGACCUCGUUCUUCUCCUCGUAGACGCCGACUUCGGCUUCGAGAUGGAGACGUUUGAGUUCAUCAACAUUCUUCAGGUUCAUGGUUUCCCGCGCGUGAUUGGGGUGCUCACGCAUUUGGAUAAGGUGGAAGAUCGCCAGAACCAGAAGGCGCUGCGGCGCUGCAAGAAGCAGCUCAAGUCGCGUUUUUGGACCGAGAUUUACGAGGGCGCCAAGUUGUUCUACCUCACGGGGCUGCAGUAUGGCCGCUACAAAAAGCGGGAGGUCCUCAAUCUUUCGAGAUACAUCGCUGUGCAAAAAUACGCGCCGCUCUCCUGGCGCUCGGCGCACCCGUACCUCCUCGCACUCCGCUGCGAACCGAAUUCAAUACUUUCCGCCUCGAAAAACCACGACGAGGAGGAGGAGCGAGAAGGCAGAGCAUCAAGCGCCUCAAGCUCCUGCAUCUUCUACGGAUACGUCCGCGGCUCUGUCAUGCGCCAAGGACAGUGGGUCCACAUCCCGGGGGCGGGCGACUUCCAGAUCUCUUCCCUCUCCUGCUGCGCCGACCCCUGCCCGCCUCCCCAGGGUGCCCUGCCUUCCUCAGCGCCAGCGGACGAAGAAGGCGAUGAGGGCGACGCCGAGGCCACGGGGCUUGAGGCGGACGCCAAACGGCGGGGGCGGCCGCGGACUCUCAAGGAGCAUCAGAGAGCGAUCUAUGCGCCGGGGUGCGACGUGGGCAACAUUCGCGUGGAUGCGGACGCGAUGUAUAUACACCUACCAGAUACCAAGGUGUCUUUUACGCGGCCGGAGCUUCUGAUCAAAGAGCGCGCCGAGAAGAAAGAAAACUCCCGAGGGCAGGCGACCUCUGAGAAGGCGUCCGAUGACGAUGAGGACGACGAAGAGGACGAGGAGGAUGAAGAUGAAUCGAGGGACGGGGAGGAAGAGGACGAGGACGGGAUCGACUUGGGAGCAGGCAAGCGCCCAAUUUUUGCGAAGAAAGAGAAGGAAGAGGACAUGGGCGAAGCGAUUCGCAUGGUGCGGAAGCUUCAGGAGGCAAACAAAUUCAUUGACAAGCAACUGGAGACGCAAGAGCUGCGUCUGCUACCCCACUCGACGCAGACGCUGACGACGCCGGCGCGCAGCGUCCGACAGCUCGAGCCGGCCGCUGAAGAAGAGGGCGACAGUGAAGGCGAAGACGAGGAAGGAGGAGACGAAGUCGAGGAGGUAGUUGCGCAGGACGGCAGAGUGCGACGGAGAGCGCUGCCUCAGUCCAGGGCAAGUGCCACGGGCGCACAAGGGCCUGACGAAGCCGUGUGUGACGAUGACGACGACGAGAGCGACAGCGAGAAAGAAGACGACGAUGGAGACGAGGAUGACGAAGGCGAAGAGUCGGGCGAGGAAGCGGAAGACGUCGAUGCGAUCGCAGCGGUGCACGCCGCCGCCCGAAAGAGAUUCGCGCGGGCGCCCUCUUUGAAAGACAUCAUCUACCUAGGCCACACAGGCGAGGAAGACUCAGAUAGUGAAGAAGCCGCCUCCUCGAGCGCGCUGGGCAACCGCGGAGCGGCGGCAAAACGCAGAGGAGAGCGAGACGCAGGCGGUGACGACGACAACACCAUCCCUCUGUUUGAGGACGAAGACGACGAGGAGGAUGGCGAAACAGAGGCGAAGGACAAAGGACCGAAGGGCGGGCUUCUUGGUAAUCUGCCGCCUGUAGUUCCGUCGGUUCUGAAGCGAGCUGGACUCCACAGGGCUUCAGACAAACAAAAAUCUGCUGCAGAUGAAGACUCCGCGUACGUACCAGACGUGGUCUUGUACGCCUCCGUCAGCGGGCAGACUGGGGACGAUGAAGAAAAAAAAGACUUCUGGCAGCCCGAGCGACUCGAAGAUAUCAAAGCACGAUUUUUCAUUACAGGAGGAUGGAGCAGCGCUGAGGAGGAAGAGAAGAAGAAAGAAGCGGAAGAAAAGCCGCCAAUGACAAAAGAGGAAGAAGCAGAGGCGAAGCGGAAGCAUGCUGCCGAGCAGAAGCAGCUUCUGGAUGAGUCGCGGCGUCUUCAACUGCGAGACCAAGCGACCGACGCGUUUUCGCCGUUUCCGUCUUCCGCCGAGUCUCAGAGCGGCGCGUGCGCCAGCAUCGGCAUGUUCGUUCGCGUACGCGUGGAGCGCCUGCCGCAGACUUGGCUUGACGGCCUUGACGUCAAUCGCCCGGUUCUCCUGGGCGGGCUGUGCGCGGGGGAGCAGGCUAAGACUUUCAUUCAGGUGCGAGUGAAGAAGCACAGAUGGUUCCCCAGGGUUCUGAAAAGCGACGACGUCCUUCUCUUCAGCGCAGGGUGGCGGCGAUUCCAGUCGCUUCCGAUGUAUGCGCUUGAAGAUCGCAGCAAUGCGCGCAUCCGGUACUUGAAGUAUACGCCGGAACAUCUCCACUGCUUGGCUUACUUCUGGGCUCCUGGGCUGCCUCCGGCGACGCCCGUUUUGGCGAUCCGCGACACGCGUGCGACGGCGAACUUCCGCGUCAGUGCCACGGGCUUGGUGCUCCAGACGAGUCCGUCGGUGGAGUUGAGCAAGAAGCUGAAGCUGCUCGGCGAGCCGAAGAAAAUCUUCAAGAACACCGCCUUCAUCAAAAACAUGUUCAACUCCGACUUGGAAGUCAACAUGUGCAUGGGCUCGAAGAUUCAGACAGUCUCCGGCAUUCGAGGUCAAGUCAAGAAGGCGUUGGGCACGGAUGGGACAUUCCGCGCAACGUUCGAAGACAAAAUUCUAAUGUCUGAUCUUGUAGUCUGCAAAACUUGGAUUAAGCUACAACCGCGGCAAUUCUGCAAUCCAGUGCUGGACGUCGAGGGAUGGCAGAGGCUGCGGACGCAGGCGGAAAUUCGCCAGGCGUACCAGAUGCCGACGCCAACGAAGCCGGGUAGCCACCCAGAUGGAAGCUUGGCUGCGCUUCAAGCUGCACGGAGGUCGAAGGAAUUCAACCCGAUUAGAGUUCCGAAGCAGCUCAUGCUCAAGCUGCCCUUCCACGCUCGGACGAAACUGCAACAUCGGACUUCCAAGCUCCACCGACUGAAGGGCAAGGCGCUUGAGGAGGAAAUGGAUCUGCGAAAGCCUCUUGUGAGCGCAUAUGACAGGCGUGUGGCGGCGCUCCUACAGCGGCUACAGACAAUAAAGAACGCCCGUGUCGAGAAAAGAAAGGAGCACCAAAAAGAGAAGCGUGAAAAGGUGGCAAAAGUUGCGGCAAAGAAGGAGGAGGAACGCGUACGCAAGCAGACUGAAAUACGAAAGAGGCGUUAUGUGAAACAGGGGAAAAUUGAACUCGGCAUGAGGAAGAAAAUGCGGCUUGGCUCCGGCAAGGGAGGCAACAGAAACGAAGAUGACUGA